AAAAACAAAUUCGCAUCUCUCUCUCUAUUUUUUUUGUUGCUUAUCCGUUUCAUCUCUUUCUCUCUCUCUCAGACUUCCUUAAAUCGAUCCUCCCGAAUUCGCGAGCAGAGCCUUUUUGAUUUCAAACUCUCUCUCUCUCUCUCUCUCUCUCUCUCUCUCUCUCUUGUUCUGAAUUCGUGGUUCAUCCAUUGGUAAAUUGGGAUUCAACAAAACAAAACAAAAAACAAAAUGACAGGCUUCUCUGUGUCUCUUUUCGUCUCGAACUUGUCAAAUGUGGCCUCGUAUUUAUCUCCGAUCUUCGAGAGCAUCCCUUCCACGAAGGUUGUCCCGGCCCAGAUCGAGAAGGUUGUCUCUUUGGUCUCUCGUACCGGUAGAGAUUUGCAGCGUUACGAUACCUCUGGCUAUCGUCAAGUCGUCGGAUGUGUACCGUACAGAUACAAGAAACAAGAAGUCAAUGGGAUUGAAUCCACAGAAAUCGAAGUUCUUCUGAUCAGUGCUCAAAAGGGCAAAGGAAUGUUAUUCCCAAAAGGUGGUUGGGAGAUGGAUGAAUCAAUGGAGGAAGCAGCUUUGAGAGAGACGAUCGAAGAAGCUGGUGUUACAGGAGAGCUUCAAGGAAAGAUUGGGAAAUGGCAAUACAAAAGCAAAAGACAUAACAUCAUUCACGACGGAUACAUGUUUGCUCUCCUUGUUUCUCAAGAGUUUGAGCUUUGGCCUGAGGCCGAGAUUAGACAACGCAGAUGGGUCAGUUUGGAUGAAGCAAGAGAAGUUUGUCACAACUGGUGGAUGAGAGAAGCUCUUAAAGCAUUCGUUAACCUGAAAUCUCUCACCAACGAUGAAAGUUGGAACCUGAAUUAGUAGUACGAUGUUGUUUAGAGUUGGUGGAACAGAGCUUUUGACUUUGAAACCCCUCUACAUUGAGCUGAUGCUUCCUGAGGGGAUUCAUUUGGUCACAGCAUCUCUCUCUCUGUCUCUUGAGAGGUGUGGAAUAGUUUUGAUUGUUAGAUGAAAGUCAACUUUUGUCUUCUAAUUUUAUUCAUUCUUUUGUACUAUUUGAUUAUUCAUUCAUUCUUUCAUUGUGAAUAAAAUACUAGACAGGUUCCUUUAAAAACGUU